UCACGUACGUCACAAGUGUCACAAGUGACAUUUGAAACAUGAAUGAGGAAAAACUGCAUGAUUUCGGAUAUUAGCGAAUGAAAAUACCGGCGUCAAUUAUUUUAUACAGUACCGUGAUUUGUAUAAAACAUAUACGCUCAUGUGACAAAUAGUAUUUCCACAAGUAUUUUUAUUUCUCCCUGAGAGCGUAUUUCUAGGUUAGGUUAGACUUCCCAACGCUGUUGCUGGAUUGCGGCAAAUGUGGAAUUUUCAUUUCCGUCAAUAGCGUGAUAUCAUAUUGUGUGUCUACUGAUUAAGAGCGUCGAUGGUGAAUCGUGUGCACAAUUUGUAAACGAUAUCUAUAAAAUUUUUUAAUAACGCACGACGUCUGAUACACAGUUGAUAAAAUGUCAUCUAAAGACAGCUGUCCGGAUUCAAAAUUGAAACAACAGACGUCGGCUGAAAAGAAAGGUAUAAAAGAAUUGGACAUAUCAGAAGCUGGAUUAUACGCAUAUGGAGCUAUAUGUGCGCUGACUUUGGCGGAGUUGUUCUCAGAUCCCAGCGAUCAUGCCUACAAUAAUUUAUGCAUGAAAAUGAUCUGUCAGCAUUUGAAAAUGAAUGAAAAAAACGAACCUGUAAUGAUGUAUCUUAGCGAGGGAAAAAGCGAGCAGUCCCAAGAGCCUUAUAUUGCUUUGCUUAUGGAAGAACCCAAUUUAAAAGGCAAAACAAUUUUAGUUGUACAGGAUUUGGUAUUACUGGCUGUGCGUAAUGGGAUUGUGUCAGGUGAAUAUGAUUCUAGACAAAGAGUACUAAUCAGACGAGUAUCCGAACUAUUAAAUGUCCCAUUUGAAUUAAUUGAAUUCUAUGAACAUUCCCUGGUCAGAUUGUUGAAUGAGAGUCAAAGCGAACAAACAGAGGCAGAGCAACAUGAGACUGAACGACGUGAUAAAAUACGUAGAAUCAAGAGAUACGCAGCGAUUGGCUUGGCCACAAUAGGAGGUGGAACAUUGUUAGGUUUAACCGGAGGUUUAGCCGCACCAUUUAUCGGUGUUGGAGUAGGCACAAUACUUGGAAGUGCGAGUGCAGCUGCACUGGGCAGUACGGCUGGUAUUGCGAUUAUAGGUUCCUUAUUUGGAGUGGCUGGAGCUGGACUGACAGGAUAUAAAAUGAAGAAACGAGUUGGGGAAAUUGAGGAGUUUGAAUUCGAGCCCCUAACUCUGUCCGGUUAUGGAACUGUGGAUCAACAACUUCACAUUGUCAUUGCUAUUACUGGUUGGCUGAACGACGAUAAAGUCGAUAAUGUUGUCAGGCCUUGGCAAUCUCUCUCUGUGUCUAGGGAGCAGUAUGCUCUUAGAUACGAAACAAAGUAUUUAAUUGAAAUGGGUCAAGCAUUUGAGUACAUACUGAGCAUGGCUGUUUCUAUGGCCACCCAAGAAGCUUUAAAAUACACAAUUCUCUCUAGUCUCAUAAGUGCUGUGGCCUGGCCUGCUACACUUUUAUCAAUAGCGUCUGUGAUAGAUAAUCCGUGGUCUGUGUGUUGCCGGCGAAGUUCAGAAGCCGGUAAACAAUUAGCUUAUGUUCUGCUCACUAGGCAGCAUGGAAAGAGGCCAGUCACACUAGUCGGCUUCAGUUUGGGGGCUCGAGUCAUAUAUUACUGUUUGAGAGAAAUGGCUGAAAUUGGUGGUGGUAAAGGAAUCGUACAGGAUGCGAUAUUACUCGGAGCACCAGUUACAAAUAAUAAAACGGAAUGGGAAAAAUGUUCUACAGUAGUAGCAGGCAGAUUUGUUAAUGGAUAUUGCAGUAGUGACUGGCUGUUGCGGUUUUUAUAUCGCACGUUAUCCAUGAAUUCUGGGGUGGCAGGAUUGUUUCCUAUCAAUUGCAAGAAAGUAAUAAAUGUAGACUUGAGCUCUAUUGUGGCAGGCCAUAGUGAAUAUCCUGAAAAAUUACCAGAACUGUUAAAUUUUGUUGGCCUAAAUACAAAGACAAGUCAGGUUCUCGAUACUGAAAAUGGAAUGAAAAAGUCCAAUUCUGAAAUACCGUGCCCAGAAAAGCACGUGAGUAAUCUAAAAUUGUCCAAAUCUGAUAUGUGCCUACCUUCCAAGAAAUGCCUGACUGAAGAGAAGAAUACGAUGCCGUCCAAUUAGUAGUUCUCCGAAAGAUUUUAAAAAUCUUUAAUAAUCAAUUAUGCCUUUGAUAUAAGUAUUAAUUACAAGUCUAAAAAUGGCCGUACUAAUAAAAUAUUGGGUAAUCAAAGAAAACUAAUCCAAGUGAUAAUAUAUCAAAUCAAUUUAUUCAAAUACAUACGAUAUAUAUCCAUGUACAACAAAUCAUAACGACGCAAGUCCAUAAAAUACGAAAGACAAAUUACGUUUUUUUAAAUAUUUUUUUCUUUGUCUUUAUCGCUUUUUAAAAAAAGGUCCAACUAUGUGUAAUGUAAUGUAUGUUUUGGCUGUCAUUUAGAACACAGAGAUUUAUAUAAAACUUAUAUAUUUAAGAAAGUCUAUUUAUCACCUUUUAUACAAUAGGAUUAUUCACGAAAAUUUCCUAAUUAUAUCACGUAAUUAGAAUAUUUAAAAAUCGUGCAAGAGUUAGUUACGCGCACAAACGUCAACUUGUACAAAAUAGCAUUUUUAUCCUAUCCAAUACCAUUGAGUCUGAAGAGAUAUCUCUAACGUUAAUUAUUUUUACAGUCACUAUUUGGCAAAAACUCUUUGAUUAAUUAUUGUUUGUAAAUAUUACGUGAUAGCUAUUUUGAAAAUUUUACAUUAAUUUGUGAACCAAAGAUAAUGUGGUUGAGAAAUGUACCAUAUUGUUCCGAAUAUAAGUCGAGGUUUUUUCUCAUCAACAGCGCCCACCAAAAUCAUCCUCGUCGUAUAUGCAACCCGUCUUAUAUGUGGGUAACUAAGAAAAAUAUCCUGAAAUACUGUCUCAGAACUGGGGGUUGUCUUAUAUGCGGGGUUGACUUAUACUCUGAACAAUACUUCAGUAUCAUUAUUUUUCUUAUCGUUAAAUGCACUAUUGAUGCCUGUAUACUGUAUGUAUGUAACUUGUAAAAGCUAUGCUUGAAGAAAUGAAACAAUUAAAGAUGAUAUUUUAUGAAAUAUGUAUUGCUGAAUACUGCUUUUGGCUAACAUGCAACAUAAAAGAGACUCGAACAGUGAUCUUAUAAUUAUACAAGAUUCUUCCCAGAGCUUUGAGUGAAAUCAACGAAAUCCGAGAGAUACUGAAUGAAAAUGUAGGAUACAAAAAAAAGAACCAACUAGGUUUACAUUAAAACUGAGAUAAAAUUAAAACCUGAUAAAAAUAACUAAGAUUUAGCAUGGCAAAAAAAGUUUGAAAAACAAUAUUCGUAACCCAUUGCUGGAUUAUAGUUUAUAUUCCAUAAUGGUAGUCAAUUAUUGCGUAUUUGUUCAGAUGAAAACUCAAACAUUACUACCAUACUUAAAGUACACAGAUAAUAUUUAGAGGGACUUCUGGUUAUUCAAUAUUUGUGUUUCUAUAAUUUGUAUCAUUUAGAUAAAAAUUUGCAAUGUCACAUAUAAUUGAAAAAAUGACGAAUAAAAUCUAUAAAAAUUUUAACAGGGUAGGAAAACCUUGUAGUACACGAAUUUUUGAUGUCUUCAAUGCCGAAUCAAAUAACAUGAAUUGAAAAAUGCAAGAGAUUGAAUCUGGCAACUUCAUUCAGCUUAUUCAUCUUUACAAACUUCUCUGUAGAUUAACUUCUUGAUUGUCUAAUUAAUACGA